UCUCCCUCAGCGCCGCCGCCCGCGGGGCUGGGACCCGAUGCGGUUAGAGCCGCGGAGCCUGGAGGAGCCCCGAGCGUUUCUGCCUUGGGACAGCCACUCAGCUAAUUCCUUAAAGUAGUUUUAUAUGUGAAACGUCUAAGCGUCCAGAACAAUGCCUCCAAGACCAUCAUCAGGAGAACUGUGGGGCAUCCACUUGAUGCCCCCAAGAAUCUUAGUAGAAUGUUUACUACCAAAUGGAAUGAUAGUGACUUUAGAAUGCCUCCGUGAGGCUACAUUAAUAACCAUAAAGCAUGAACUAUUUAAAGAGGCAAGGAAGUACCCUCUCCAUCAACUUCUUCAGGAUGAAUCUUCUUACAUUUUCGUAAGUGUUACUCAAGAAGCAGAAAGGGAAGAAUUUUUUGAUGAAACGAGAAGACUCUGUGAUCUUCGACUUUUUCAACCCUUUUUGAAAGUAAUCGAACCAGUAGGCAACCGUGAAGAAAAGAUUCUCAAUCGAGAAAUUGGUUUUGCUAUCGGCAUGCCAGUGUGUGAAUUUGACAUGGUUAAGGAUCCAGAAGUACAGGACUUCCGAAGAAAUAUUCUGAAUGUUUGUAAAGAAGCUGUGGAUCUUAGGGAUCUUAAUUCACCGCAUAGUAGAGCAAUGUAUGUCUAUCCUCCAAAUGUAGAAUCUUCACCAGAAUUGCCAAAGCACAUAUACAAUAAAUUAGAUAAAGGGCAAAUAAUAGUGGUAAUUUGGGUGAUAGUUUCUCCAAAUAAUGAUAAGCAGAAAUAUACGCUGAAGAUUAGCCAUGACUGUGUGCCAGAACAGGUGAUUGCCGAGGCAAUCAGGAAAAAAACUCGCAGUAUGUUGCUGUCAUCUGAGCAACUGAAACUCUGUGUGUUAGAAUAUCAGGGCAAGUAUAUUUUAAAAGUGUGCGGAUGUGAUGAAUACUUCCUAGAAAAAUAUCCUCUGAGUCAGUAUAAAUAUAUAAGAAGCUGUAUAAUGCUUGGAAGGAUGCCCAAUUUAAUGCUGAUGGCUAAAGAAAGUCUCUACUCUCAACUGCCAAUGGACUGUUUUACAAUGCCAUCUUAUUCCAGACGCAUUUCCACAGCUACACCAUAUAUGAAUGGAGAAACAGCUACAAAAUCCCUUUGGGUUAUCAACAGUGCACUCAGAAUAAAAAUUCUCUGUGCAACUUAUGUGAAUGUAAAUAUCCGAGACAUUGACAAGAUCUAUGUUAGAACUGGUAUCUACCAUGGAGGAGAACCCUUAUGUGACAAUGUAAACACCCAGAGAGUACCUUGUUCCAAUCCCAGGUGGAAUGAAUGGCUGAAUUAUGAUAUAUACAUUCCUGAUCUUCCUCGUGCUGCUCGACUUUGCCUUUCCAUUUGUUCUGUUAAAGGUCGAAAGGGUGCUAAAGAGGAACACUGUCCGUUGGCUUGGGGAAAUAUAAACUUGUUUGAUUACACAGAUACACUAGUAUCUGGAAAAAUGGCUCUUAAUCUUUGGCCAGUACCUCAUGGAUUAGAAGAUUUACUGAACCCUAUUGGUGUUACUGGGUCAAACCCCAAUAAAGAAACGCCAUGCCUUGAGUUGGAGUUUGACUGGUUCAGCAGUGUGGUCAAGUUUCCAGAUAUGUCAGUGAUUGAAGAGCAUGCCAACUGGUCUGUGUCCCGAGAAGCAGGAUUUAAUUAUUCCCAUGCAGGACUGAGUAACCGUCUAGCUAGAGACAAUGAAUUAAGAGAAAGUGACAAAGAACAGCUCCGAGCAAUUUGUACACGAGAUCCUCUAUCUGAAAUCACUGAACAAGAAAAAGACUUUCUAUGGAGCCACAGACACUAUUGUGUAACUAUCCCUGAAAUUCUGCCCAAAUUGCUCCUGUCUGUUAAAUGGAAUUCUAGAGAUGAAGUAGCCCAGAUGUACUGCUUGGUAAAAGACUGGCCUCCAAUCAAACCUGAACAAGCCAUGGAACUUCUAGACUGUAAUUACCCAGAUCCUAUGGUUCGAGGUUUUGCUGUUCGGUGCUUAGAAAAAUACUUAACAGAUGACAAACUUUCUCAGUACCUAAUUCAGCUAGUGCAGGUCCUGAAAUACGAACAAUAUUUGGAUAACCUGCUUGUGAGAUUUUUACUUAAGAAAGCUUUGACUAAUCAAAGGAUUGGACAUUUUUUCUUCUGGCAUUUAAAAUCUGAGAUGCACAAUAAAACAGUAAGUCAGAGGUUUGGCCUGCUUUUGGAGUCCUAUUGUCGUGCUUGUGGAAUGUAUUUGAAGCACCUGAAUAGACAAGUCGAGGCUAUGGAAAAGCUCAUUAAUUUAACUGACAUCCUCAAGCAGGAGAAGAAGGAUGAAACACAAAAGGUACAGAUGAAGUUUUUAGUUGAGCAAAUGAGGCGACCAGAUUUCAUGGAUGCUCUACAGGGCUUUCUGUCUCCUCUAAACCCUGCUCACCAACUAGGAAAUCUCAGGCUUGAAGAGUGUCGAAUUAUGUCCUCUGCAAAAAGGCCACUGUGGUUGAAUUGGGAGAACCCAGACAUCAUGUCAGAGUUACUGUUUCAGAACAAUGAGAUCAUCUUUAAAAAUGGGGACGAUUUGCGGCAAGAUAUGUUAACACUUCAGAUUAUUCGCAUAAUGGAAAAUAUCUGGCAAAAUCAAGGUCUUGAUCUUCGGAUGUUACCUUAUGGCUGUCUGUCAAUUGGUGACUGUGUGGGACUUAUUGAGGUGGUGAGAAAUUCUCACACUAUUAUGCAAAUUCAGUGCAAAGGUGGCCUGAAAGGAGCUCUGCAGUUCAACAGCCACACAUUGCACCAGUGGCUCAAAGACAAAAACAAGGGAGAGAUAUAUGAUGCAGCCAUUGACUUGUUUACACGUUCCUGUGCUGGAUACUGUGUCGCUACCUUCAUUUUGGGAAUUGGAGAUCGUCACAAUAGUAACAUCAUGGUUAAAGAUGAUGGACAACUGUUUCACAUAGAUUUUGGACACUUUUUGGAUCACAAGAAGAAAAAAUUUGGUUAUAAACGAGAACGUGUGCCAUUUGUUUUGACACAAGAUUUCUUAAUAGUCAUCAGUAAAGGAGCCCAAGAAUGCACAAAAACAAGAGAAUUUGAAAGGUUUCAGGAGAUGUGUUACAAGGCUUAUCUAGCUAUUCGGCAGCAUGCCAAUCUCUUCAUAAAUCUUUUUUCAAUGAUGCUUGGCUCUGGAAUGCCAGAACUACAGUCUUUUGAUGAUAUUGCAUACAUCCGAAAGACUCUAGCCUUAGAUAAAACUGAGCAAGAGGCUUUGGAGUAUUUCAUGAAGCAAAUGAAUGAUGCACAUCAUGGUGGCUGGACAACAAAAAUGGAUUGGAUCUUCCACACAAUUAAGCAGCAUGCUUUGAACUGAAGUGAGAACUGAGAAACAGAAAGCUCGAUUGCUGGAUUCUACACUGCACUGUUAAUAACUAUCAACAGGCAGAGACUGGUUGCAUAGUAAUUGCACAAUCCAUGAACGCAUUAAAAUUUACAGCAAGAACAACAAAAAAAAAUAUUAUGUAAUUUAAAUAAUGAAAUGCAAACAGGGUUUGAUAGCACUAAACUAGUUCAUUUCAAAAUUAAGCUUUAGAAUAAUGCGCAAUUUCAUGUAAUGCCUUAAGUCCAAAAAGGUAAACUUUGAAGAUUGUUUGUAUCCUUUUUUAAAAAACAAAACAAAAAAAAAUCCCCAAAAUAUAUAGAAAUGAUGGAGAAGGAA